UCCACGGAGGAAACAGCGAGUUUACAGGUGUAGAAGCUAGAAGCUUGCUCCAUCCACAACAGUGUCGAGCUGCAGAGUGCUAACUUCGGGUUCUGUUUGAAAAAAAAUCUCCGAAAGUUUGGACUUGAAAUCAUCUUUUGACUUCUGAUUGAAACUGAUUGAUCGCUGAAAUGGGUAAAUUCAAGGAAUCUCUGGGCAUCAACGAACUGACGCAGAAGAAGGGUGGCAUAUGGAAAGCCCUCCUAGCAGAAUUCCUGGGAACUCUGCUCCUAAACUUUUUUGGAUGCGCUUCGUGCGUCAACUUGAAGAACACGACCACCAACUUCGUUUUGAUUGGACUCACUUUUGGUCUUACGAUCUUCAUAGUAGUUCAGACUCUAGGACAUGUGAGUGGCGCCCAUAUAAAUCCUGCUGUUACAGCUGGUAUGCUGGCAACUGGAAAUAUCCAAAUAAUCAAAGGGGUUCUAUACAUUGUUGUGCAGUGUUUGGGGGCCCUUGCAGGAUCAGCUAUCCUUAAGGCUUUAACACCGGAAAACCUUCAAGGAGGCCUCGGAAAGACAGUUCUGACAAAGGAAGUGACGGAAGCCCAAGCUGUGGGCGUCGAACUGCUGUUGGGUUUCGUUUUGGUACUGACAGUUUGCGGCGUGUGCGAUCCAAACAGGCCAGAGGCCAAACCGGUAGCGGCCUUGGCCAUCGGUAUGGCCGUCACUUUGGGGCACUUGGCCGCCAUCGACUAUACCGGAUCUAGCAUGAACCCUGCCCGCAGUUUUGGCGCAGCACUCAUCACCGGAGAAUGGGAGUGUCACUGGGUCUACUGGUUGGGUCCUAUAGUAGGAGGUGUCUUGGCCGCUCUGCUAUACAAACAUGCUUUUGCUGCACCAUCUUUAGGGCCAAUGAGAAUCGUUGAAAGAUAUACAACAGUGGUGGCAGACGAGAAAGAGCUCAAGAGGUUGGACGUGACGAAGGCCGAAGAAGCCUGAACCAGUGCAUACAAAAAAAUAACGCCACAGAAAAGACCUAAUAAAGUGUGUUCAAAAAUUUGUUUUUCUCAAAGUUUAUUCCAAGACUUUAAGUUAUUUAUUUUAAGACAAUCAUUCAUGAGAUUAUCAACUUGUACCUAUAUUUAAAACUCAAUGGAAGUGUUAACGUAUUUAUUGUGUUUAUGCGAAUGUCGAAUAUAACGCUGUAAACAUUCGAUGGAUUUCGUUGUAAUAAAGUUUAUGCUAUAAGAUCUGUUCACUUCAUGAAAUAAAGCUUAAUUUUCGUA